CCUAAAUCCUAGGGUUUAUCAUUUACGAGCUCAAACUCUCUCUUUUUGUGCAAAAGAAUGACGAAGUUCAGGAAGCUAAAUCGACCCACGGGUCACCGAAUGUCCAUGCUCAGGACAAUGGUGUCCCAAUUGGUGAAGCAUGAGCGCAUUGAAACCACUGUUGCCAAGGCAAAAGAAAUUCGGCGGCUUGCUGAUAAUAUGGUGCAGCUUGGGAAAGAGGGUUCCCUCUGUGCUGCUAGGCGUGCUGCCGCUUUUGUGCGAGGGGAUGAUGUCAUUCACAAGCUAUUUACAGAACUGGCGUAUCGAUACAAAGAUAGAGCAGGUGGAUACACAAGAAUGCUGCGGACUCGUAUAAGAGUUGGUGAUGCCGCGCCGAUGGCCUAUAUUGAGUUUAUCGACCGAGAUAAUGAGCUUAGGCAAUCAAAGCCCCCGACUCCUCAACCACCUCAAAGAGCUCCCCUUGACCCAUGGACAAGAUCAAGGCUCACUAGGCAGUUUGCACCACCUAAAGAGGAUAAGUCUGAGCCUGAGAUAUGAAGCCUUAUACUGCAACAGUGAGAUUUUGUUUCAUACGUUCUUAGCUUGGAGCCAUGGAAUAUCUCGAUUCUUUUUGUGGGCUCUCUUGUUAUCAACUGAUUUACAUUGUUUAAUAAAUUGAGUGUAACUGUAUACCCGUUGACACAAUAUUUAAUAUAUCAUCUGUUGUUGUUUGGGUUUC